CAUGUUGUACUCGGUUCUUGCUUUGAUUCUAGCUGGGGCAUCUCUCGUUCGUUCUUCUCCAGUUACUACAGUGGAUACUACUUUGAAGCCUCGACAAGCGUUCUUCAUCGGCAACAUCAAUCUUGAUGCGGCCUUCAGGACAUGCCCUGGAAGACAGGAAGACAUAAUAAAGGCGUUCCGAGACAUGCACCUCCUCACCGACGCAGUUAAGAAUAUUGAUACCAACACUCAAUCUUUCAAAGACUAUUUUGGCGAAGGCUGGGACCAGACUGAAAAUCUAAAAGUAUAUGCACAAGAGAUCAAGAACAAUAUCGCAAAGGCGCAACGGUUCGUAGAUGGAGCGUCCGACUUGCCGACCAUCCACGUCACCUGCGAGAAUUUACCUAGGACGUGUUCACAAAAGAGGACUAUGGCCACCACUCUUGUUGACUCGGGCCGCAUAAGACUCUGUCCCUUUGUAUUCAACACGGAACCUGGUCAGGGCGCAAAUCUCAACCAUGUAGCUGAGCGUGUCAACGGUGGUGCGACCACCAGUGGCUCUGGGCUUACCAGCUGGCAGCAUGUCGUUCUACACGAACUCCUCCAUGUACGAGCAGGAGGAUACAAGACCAUUCGUACAGGAGAUGGUGACCUUCAAUACAUCACUGAUAUCUCCGCACGUGUAAGCAAUCUCGACAAAUCGAAGGUGCCGAUCUACGGAUCCUCCCUCUGCCAUCAAUACGCACAAUUCAAGCAGCCCGCUAAAUACGCCAUGUCCAACGCCGACAGUUAUGCUUGGAUGGCGACUGCGAAGUACUAUCUCGAUAACUGGGGAACCCGCAUCACGAGGCGUGAAUUUGAGGAAAAUAACGCGCAACCCGAUGACACCAUUGAGACUCCCGAGUCCUACUGCGAGUCCCAAGUUCAGCCCGAAGCCGCGGAUUGCAGUCUCAUCACUAUGCCUACUGGCCUGGAAUAUAUCAAAUUUGACGGGCUUGCAUGCUAUUCCAAUGGUAAUCGUGCAUGGUGCGAUGUACACACAUUUGGUACAUGUCAAGUUUCCAUUGGAUAUGAUAUGAACGAAGGCCAACCGAACGUGACAAAGGAAGAUUUGAAGAAAAUCGUCAAUAACAACUUGGGCAAAGACCAGUGCUCAGCGCAUAUGGAGGAUACCCACAGAAUUUGUGCAGUUGGUGCUUCAGUCUGUACUAUCCCAUGGAAGUUCUGCAUGAAGAGAGUUGGGGUUGACUGCAGGUAG